GAUCUAGGUAUAUAUCUCUGAUGUUGUGUUUCUUCUUGUUUUGGAUUUGUGAUCGUGCAGGCUGAGUACUUCCGCCACCUUCUCAAGCCUGUGACGUAGAUUGACCAGUACAUAAACCCCUCUCCUCUCCCUUCCUUCACCCGACGACCAAGUAGAGGAGAAACACACAGAGUUUGGAAGGGAGCGAUGCAGGGAGACCACGGGUAUUACGGUGGCAGGGACUCGCCACCGCAGGGGUACGGGUACGGCGUCGGCUACGGGUACGGGAGCGGCUAUGGCUACGACGCCGGAGGGUACUACUCAGACGGCGGCUACCCGGCGUCGGCGGCGUACGUGGACCCGAUGGUUCGGAGGAGGACGCACGACUUCCCGGCGCCGAUGAACGAGCUGGAGUUCCAGCCGUCGGCAAUGUGCCCCAAGAACAACAUCAUCUUCGACCAGACGUGCACCAAGAGCCGGGUCAUGUUCCACCCCUCGUUGGCCCACAAGUUCGGCGGCGGGUCGUCGGCGUACAACAACAACAACGCGUACGGCGGCGGUUGUUCGCACGACGUCGGGAAGGGAGCGUACAGGGACAACGUCGAGUACGACGACAGCUGCUCGGUGCGACAGAAGGAGGACACGGACGAGAUCGAUGCGCUGCUGAGCUCGGAGGACGGCGAUGAGGAUGACGUGGUGAGCACGGGGCGCACGCCGGGGUACCGGGUCGGCAGCUCCCCGGACUCGACGUGCUCGUCCAGCUACGGCAGCGGUGGGCAGGCGAGGACCAGGCACAAGAAGAAGCGCAUGAAGAAGAUGCUGCGCACGCUCAAGGGCAUCAUCCCCGGCGGCAACCAGCUGGACACCCCUGUCGUGCUUGACGAGGCCGUCCGGUACCUUAAGUCGCUCAAGGUGGAGGUCAAGAAGCUCCGCGUGCGCGGCUUCGACAACUGAUCACCACUACAUCAUCAUCGUCAUCGACGACGAUGACUACGCUGGCAAAACGAAACCAAGAAAAAAAAAGGCAGUUG